AUGUGGGAACUAAUGAACAGGCGACAAUUUCCUCUUUUGGCAAUGCUAUUUCAAGCUGUUUUUGUAAUUUUAUUUUUCUUCUUCUGUCGGUAUAUCGAUCCCUUGGAUGACAGUAAACGCAUCUAUAGUAACACUGACUAUCCGUUGUUCCAGGAUGUGCAUUUGAUGAUUUUCGUUGGUUUCGGCUUCUUAAUGGCUUUCCUUAAGCGAUACGGCUUCGCAGCAGUUUCUGUAAAUUUACUUUUAUCAGCUUUCGUUAUACAAUGGGCUUUAAUUAUGAGAGGAUUUCUCACGAAACAAUUUCAAGAAACUGGUAUUUUCACUGUCGGAGUGCCUGAAAUGAUGUCAGCAGAUGCCUCAUGUGCUGUCGUACUCAUAACUAUGGGGGUUUUACUAGGAAAAAUGACCCCUUCACAGUUUCUUUUAAUGGCUUUCAUAGAAACUACUCUGAAUGUUAUUGUUGAAUAUGUGUUAUUCAAUUAUUUCCAUAUCAAUGAUGGAGGAAGAUCUCUUGUUGGGCACAUGUUCGGAGCCUAUUUUGGAUUAGCUGCAGCUAUCGUUAGUCAUAAGAAGAAUGUAAUGGAAAUGAAUGAUGAAGGAUCUAUCAAACAUUCAGACCUUUUUUCAAUGAUCGGAACUUUACUUUUAUGGGUUUUCUUUCCUUCGUUCAAUGCCUCCAUCCAGGAACCUGAGGAUGCUCGACAUCGUGCUAUAAUGAACACUUACUUGGCUAUGGCUUCUGGCACUGUAACAACGUUCUUGAUCUCAUCGUUCGCUGAUAACUUGGGACGUUUCAAUAUGAUUCAUAUCCAGAGCUCUACACUGGCUGGCGGAGUUGCCAUUGGCUCUGCAGCUAAUGCUGUUCUUUAUCCUUCUCACGCAGUCGGAAUAGGAAUACUUGGAAGUAGUGUAUCAGUCAUUGGACAUGUCUGGGUGACGCCAUUGCUUCAAAAGCAUUUCAAAUUAUAUGAUACAUGUGGAGUACAUAAUUUACAUGGAAUACCCGGAAUACUCGCAGGGGUGCUAAGCAUCGUCAUUGCAUACUUCUAUGAAGCGGAUAGUUACGGAAAAACUCUUUAUCAUAUCUACCCUUACUACAUGGGUGGUCCCAUGAAUGGUGAUCGCGAUAAUAAGUCGCAAGCCUUGUAUCAACUAACAGGAAUGAGUUUUGCUUUCGUUACGGCUGUCAUCGGAGGUCUCCUUACAGGACUUCUCUUACGAAUUCGUUUAUGGAACCAAGUUGAAGAUCCUCGUUUCCCUUAUGGUGAAACAAACUACUACGCAAUUAAAGAUUCCAACUUUCUAAGCAAGUAUCAACGAGCUCAGGAGCAAGAAAUGAUGGAGAGACUGCAUGACUUACAAGAAAUAUACUAA